UCUCCUCUAGCUUUAAAAUCUCUCACUGAUCCUCCCAGCUAGCUUCAACUAACUCACACAAAUAAAUGAUGCUAAGGACACGCUGGCGACCUCCUAUCCUCCCGCCCUGAAAGGUCCAUCCUUCCCCCACCAACCCAAGUAGCACCAUCAGCUCAACCACCAUGUCCUCCCAAUCACCACCAACCAUCGUCCUCGUCCACGGCGCCUGGCACACCCCAACCGCCUACCAACCCUUCAUCUCCGCUCUUAAAGCCCAAGGUUUCACCGUGCACGCGCCCCUUCUCCCCAGCUCCGCACAAUCCCUCAACCCAUCACAAAGCCAACACCAAGACAAACCAGCCUCACUCCCCGAAGAUAUCGCCUGCAUACGAAACCUAAUCUCCACCCUCGCCAAUCAAGGCCACCGAAUCCUCCCCCUCUUCCACUCCUACGGCGGCGUCGUCGGAACCGACGCCAUCACCCGCGACUUAACCCUCCCUGAUCGACAAUCCCGCGGGCUGCCAGGCGGCGUCAUCCACCUGGUCUAUAUAUGUGCCUAUAUGCUCCUCCCCGGAGGAAGCGUGGUCAAGACGAUUCAAGAAGGCGGGGUUGAGAACCCGGCUGAGACGAUUGUCGAUGUGGGGGAUGAUCGGUUCAUGUAUCCCAAGGAUCCCAUCGCGCAGAUGUAUAAUAUGGUUGAGAGGGGGGUGGCAGAGAGUGUGGUGGGUGGGUUGGUGAGGUUUCCGUUUGAAGCGUGUGAUAUGGAGUCAGUUGGGGAGGCGUGGAGGUUUGUGCCCGUGACGUAUGUGGUUACGGGGAGCGAUCGGAUGGUUUGGAGGGAGUGGCAGGUUGGGAUGGUGGGGAGGGUGAGGGAACAUGGGGGGGAUGUGAGGAUGGUGGAGUUGGAUUCUUGUCAUUCGCCGUUUUUGUCGAAGAGGGGGGAGUUGGUGGGGGUUGUGGUGGGGGCGGCGAGGGAUGAGAGGAAUGCGUGA